AUGGGUAAUGACGGUGGCAGCAUCCCCACCCGACGCGAGCUCGUCAAAGAAGCCGCCCGCAACAAGACCACGACCGAACUCAAAGAAUCGCAAGCCGAACAGCAGGAAUACUACUGGACUACUGACCCAAUUACCAAUGAGCCGCUAGAGCCGCCUAUAGUGUCCGACUCGAAUGGACGUUUGUACAAUAAGGAAUCCGUACUCAAAUUACUCACGAGCGACGAGAGUAUCAACAAAGACGAGGCGGAGAAAGCGACGGCUGGAGCGAUCAAGACACUGAAAGACGUUGUUGAAGUCAAGUUCGAGGAGGAUACUGCAUACUCAAAGGGCGCAGUAACAAAAACAGCGAGCGGAGAAAAGAAGAACCGCUGGAUCUGCCCGAUCACAAAUAAACCCUUGGGCCCAGGUUCGAAGGCAGUUUACCUAGUCCCUUGUGGACACGCCUUUUCCAGUGCGGCACUCAAGGAAGUCGGCGAUGCAGAGAAAAAGUGUUUGCAAUGCGGAGAGGCAUAUGCACCUAAUGAUAUCAUUCCCAUUGUGCCCAUGAACGAGGAAGACGUCGCGCGGCUGUCGUUAAGAAUGAAAACACUAAAAGAGAAAGGUCUCACGCACAGUCUGAAGAAAGGAAAGAAGAGGAAGGCCAAAGAUCUUGACAACGUUCCUAAUGGGGAUGAUGAAAGAGCGCCUGACUUAGUGCCCGCAAAAAAUCAGCUCAACGGGAGUGGGACGAGUACGCCAACAAGCAACGGGAUCAAGAACUCUGCGACCGCAUCCCUGACUGCAAAGGUUCUGGAGGAACAAGAGCGAAAGAAGAGAAAGGUCGAGGAAAAUACCAACUUGAAAGGCCUAUUUACAAAUAGGGAGCAGAAGGUGGACGUUAAGAACAGCCGCGAUUUCAUGACGGGAGGGUUCACGAUGAGCAAAUAA